AUGUGGAAUACUGGCCAGGUUUUCGUCCUGCUUAUGGAUAGCUCUGUUGAGUUUUCUCGCAACUUUCGGUGUAACAUCCCAUACGUCCCCCCAUCGAUUUCGCUCACGAAUCUCCUCGCGCGCUUCUUGUUUGAGCGAGAUCUCAUCUGCAGCCUCUUCUUCCGCACGGCAGCACUGUUGACUGACCUCGACAGCAGCAGGAUAAUCUGCAAGCUCCAAGUUGGUGCGGAACCCCUGCUGCCGCCUCGACUCGCUGGCUUCUUGGAGAAUCCCCAAGUAGUGGUUGACCUCUGCCACACUCUUGCUUCCGACUUUGGCGGCGAUACCAACGAGGUCGUAUUUCCCGAGGCCAAGAAGCUGAAGCUCCGGGAUUACCAACAAGAGUGCAUCAAAUCCGUAGUCUUGUCUCUCAGGCGAGGGCAUAAGAGAGUUGGCAUCUCCUUGGCCACCGGCAGUGGCAAGACAGUCAUCUUCACUCAGCUCAUAGACAAGGUCCACGACCGGGUCAGGAAUGCCAGCCAGACUCUCAUCCUGGCUCAUCGCCGUGAGCUGGUAGAGCAAGCGGCCAAACACUGCCAGCUCGCCUAUCCAGACAAGAGGAUCGAGAUUGAAAUGGGCUCUCUCCACGCAUCAGGCACGGCAGACAUCACCAUUGCGAGUGUCCAGAGCAUAACGUCCAGGGACCGACUGGACAAGUACGAUCCUGCAAAGUUCAAGCUCGUCCUUGUCGAUGAGGCUCAUCAUAUUGUUGCGCCGGGCUACCUCAGGACGUUGAAGCACUUUAGCCUUGAUCAGAAGAGAUACAACUCGCCCAUCCUGAUAGGAGUGUCUGCCACUUUCUCCCGGUUCGACGGAGUCAAGCUCGGCGCCGCUAUUGAUGAGAUUGUCUACCACAAGGACUACGUCGACAUGAUCUCGGACAAAUGGCUCUCAGACGUCGUCUUCACCACAGUCGAAUCCUCCGCCAACCUAUCCAAAGUCAAGAGCGGCGCAUUCGGCGACUUCCAGGCAGGCGAGCUCUCCAAGGUCGUCAACACCGACACCAUCAACGAAAUCACAGUCCGCAGCUGGCUCGCCAAGGCACCAGACCGAAAAUCCACCCUCGUCUUCUGCGUCGACCUCGCGCACGUCGCAGGCCUGACCAAGAAGUUCCGCGAGUUUGGCUUCGACGCCCGCUUCGUCACGGGGGACACGCCCAAGGUGGAGAGGAGCACCAUCCUCGAGGGCUUCAAGAAGCGCGAGUUCCCCGUGCUCGUCAACUGCGGCGUCUUCACCGAGGGCACCGACAUCCCAAACAUUGACUGCAUCGUGCUGGGCAGGCCGACGAGGUCGCGCAACCUGCUGGUGCAGAUGAUUGGGCGCGGCAUGAGGCUGCACCCGGACAAGAAGAACUGCCACAUCAUCGACAUGGUCUCCAGCCUCGAGACGGGCAUUGUCACCACGCCGACCCUGUUUGGCCUCGACCCCAACGAACUGGUCGAAAAGGCCUCGGUCGACGACAUGCGGAAAAUCAAAGACCAAAAGGCCGCAGAGGCAGAGCAGCAGCAACAGCAAGGAAAUUCACCCGGCACAAGCUCCAGCGCUUCUCCGGCUGUCACUUUCACCGACUACUCUUCCGUCCUGGAUCUCAUCGCCGACACUUCCGGCGAGCGGCACAUCCGCGCCAUCAGCCAAUACGCCUGGGUCCAGAUCGGCCCAGAGCGCUUCGUCCUCUCCGCCCCAAGCGGGUCAUACAUCCGCAUCGAGAGAAUCGCCGCCGAACAAAAGAGCAGCAGCCCCUCCUCGGAAGCACCCACCUACCACGCAGUCGAGAUCCGCGCGCUGCCCCAGGGCGUCGCAAAAUCGCCCUACAGCGCCCCUCGCGAGAUCCUCAAAGCCGCCACCUUUGACGACGCGGUCCACGGCGCCGACAGUUACGCCGCCGGCGCCUUCCCACACAGCUUCAUAGAGCGGCGCCAGUCGUGGAGGAGGCUGCCCCCGACGCAAGGACAGGUCGACCUCAUCAACAAGCUCCGCGGCAAAGGCAGCAGCCCUCUCUCGACGAUGGGGCUGACAAAGGGCAAAGCAGCCGACAUGAUUACGAAGCUGAAGCACGGGGCGCGAGGCCUAUUCGCGCGGAUGGAAGCAGAGAUGCGAAGAAGGGAGAAGACGAAGACUACGCUCGGUGACUGGCGGCAUAGGGAGCACGUCAGGGUCGGGCCGCUGUCGGCUUGAUGGGAGAAAAAGACAAGAGACUCUUCUUGUACUGAUGAGGGCGCAUAUUUCGGACUGUGGCGUUAUUUGGCGUUUUGGAGGAGAAGGCUUGGUGAAUAUCAAGAUGAUAUUUCAUGGGAAAUACAACAUAAAUUUACAUACCUAGGUAUAUGAACAACGCAGUGUAUGAUUAGGAUAGAUGGCGUAGAAAAAGAUACUCUCAGUGUUUAUAGAAAGCAGCAGCAGUGUGAAGGUGACUAUAGUAUACAAGAGUAUCAUCGAAUGGAUCUCCGCCACGAUAUGUUGUUGCAACCUAAGUAAGUUUUUCGACAGAAUAUUUACAGUACAGCACCAGGGUCACUUGUUGCAUCGUUCAGGAUAAAUAAGUUUCAUGCCAUGGGUAUCAUGAUCUUUCCAUUUGACAGGUCGUAGCCGUACAUGGUGUAGUAAAAGAAAAAAAAAAAAGACACUUUUGUGCCCCCCUCAAAAAUGGAUAUAUAUAAAACAAGAGGCAAUCAAAAAAUUCUCAUCCAGGAUGUGAAAAUCGAUCUUCUCUGUUCACAUGAAUGUAAAACGCACAUGCACGCAUGCACACACACACAUAACGCUUUUCAUCUGCAAUGCGUAUACCGGAACCCCCCCGUGUUUUUCCCCUACUUCCUCACGCCUCUCCCUUUGUUCCUGCUGAACCAAGACAUCAACCAUCUCUCAUAAAUGCUGUUACUUGGCGAGACCCCCAUGAGAGAAUAAAAAAUCAUCAAUCUUGCAAACCAGAUUCUGCGGCUCCUGCGCCUAUGGGUAUUUUCUUCGCAAUUUUUAUGUUUCAACGUCUGGGACGUUCAAAUGGGUAUAAAAAAGUGAAUGCCAACCAUCAAGAUUGACGUCACGAAAUUCAGUAAGCGAAAAAUGACUCGGAAACAGACGGCAAGCAAAGAACAAAAAAUUCAACACAAACAAACACACAAAGAUGGGAAAAGCAAAUUGAAGAGAAAAAAGAAAAGGAAAAGGAAAAACAAAACGCAAAAAAUCGGACGGAACAGAGCAACAAGCAGAAAGAAAAAAAGGAGGAACGCGCCAACAUCUCCAGCAAAAGUGAAGGGCCAGAAAAUGAUGCAAUCUUGGACGCUCCGGGGUAUAUCCAGCCGGGGGGGUAUUCGCAUGUAAUGGGUCUAAUUCGGCAAAGUCUAACGGAAAGGCCCAAUGGGGGCGGGGUAUCCUGAAUUCAUAGAAUGUGAAGUAGAAGGUCGCCCGCUAUCACCGGACGCACGGGUGGUGUGGCGCGGAGUGAUGGCGUCUUUGGAAAGGGGAAUGGUUAACUUGCUCUCGAAGUGGUGGUUGCUCAUGGGACGAGCCCAAGGGUUCUCAUCGUCAGCCAGGUUGACACCACUGUCGUUCCAAGGGUUUCGAUCGGCGUUGAAGCUGCGUGUCGACUCGAUCGAGAUGAGUGACGACUUGGAGACAUUGGCAGAGCCCUUGAAGAAGCUGCCUGCGGCCGAGUGUGAGCUGUUCUUUCUGCGGUCCAAGAAAGAAGAGAUGGACGUCAUGCUCCCCGGGCGCCUGAGGCGAUCGAGAAUGCUGCUGCGCUCUCGGGCAAUGU